GGAAGCCGGGGCCCACACUCACUUCACUCUCGUCAGCUACCUCCCAAACUCUCUCAACGUCGCAAGUCGAUCGCAACCACUCCCGCGGGUCUGGCCGUCGCUGUCCACCCACACCCGCCCACCAUGUCGCUCAUCCGCUACCUGCCGUCGCCGUACCUUCCCCUCCCCUCCGCCGCGGCCCGCCGCCGUGGAUUCCUCCACUCCGCCGCGCCUCCCGGUGCCCGUGCCGCCGCCGUCCAUGUCCUCGCCGCGAACCGCGUCGUGCUGGGGUGCGGGCUGGUGACGCUGGACUACCUCGCCACGGUGGACGCGUACCCGCGGCCCGACGACAAGAUCCGCAGCGGGGAGCUGCAGAUAUCGGGAGGCGGGAACGCCGGGAACGCAUUGACAGGCGCUGCUCGUCUGGGUCUCAACACCAGGCUCAUCUCCAAGGUGGCCAACGAUGAAAUAGGAGGAACUGUUAUUUUGGAACUCAAGGAAGCUGGGAUUGACGUGUCACAUGUUAUAAUCUCUGAUGGUGGAAACACAACAUUUGUUUAUGUCAUUAUUGAUAAGAAAACGAAAACCCGAACAUGUAUAAUCACGUCAGGCUACCCUCCAAUGGUUCCUGGUGACAUAUCAAUGUCAAAUUUGUCAGCUGCACUACAAGAUGUAAACUUGCUAUACCUAGACGGAUAUUCACAUGAAAUGGCACUAUCUGUUGGUAAGCAGGCUGAUCUGAUGAAGAUUCCAAUACUGGUUGAUGCGGAGCCAGAAAGAACAAAGACAGAACUGGAGCAUCUGCUCGGCCUAUCGAGUUACAUUGUCUGCUCGGGUAAAUUUCCAGAGAAAUGGACAUCAAUUUCAUGCAUUCCCUCAGCACUACUAGAGAUCCUUGUGCAAUAUCCCCGUGCGAGAUUCAUCAUUGCAACCCUUGGAGAAAACGGGUGCAUGAUGCUUGAGAGGAUCGAAGAUGAUUCUGGAAUAGAUGCGGUAGAUAUUGGGAAUGUUGCUGAGUCCUUAAGGCUUAAAGUGCAUAAAGAUGACAGUCUGCCAACUUGUGUAUCAUCCAAGUUCAUGAGACUCUCUGGAAGAGGGCAUGGGACUAUACACGGAAGAUUGCUCAUAGGAACAGCAGAAAAAAUCCCCGCUCCAGAGCUUGUUGACACCACCGGUUGUGGCGAUGCGUUCAUAGGAGCAGUGCUCUACGGGCUGUGCACAGAGAUGGCUCCGGAAAAGAUGCUGCCUUUUGCCUGUCAAGUGGCAGGCAUCAAAUGCAGAGCGAUCGGCGCGCGCACCGGCCUACCGUGGCGAUCUGAUGCCCGCUUGUCCAAGUACUUGCGUUAGGCACCCUGAAAGAAUUGUGUGGA